CCCAAACCAAACCCAUAAAAUCCCCACCCAUAUUUCCUCCAAACCCCCCAUUAACACCCAACCAUCUUCACACAAGUUUCAAAAACCUCCAUUACUGUACUACUACCAAUCACAAUCCACACCCAAAAUGGGUAAAGAUAACCCACCAUCCCAUCCCGAAACCCACCACAAUCUCCCCAAAAGAAUAAUCUUAGUUCGCCAUGGCGAAAGCCAAGGAAACAUAGACACAAAAGCAUACUCAACAACCCCAGAUCACAAAAUCCCUCUCACCCAACAAGGCAUUUCUCAAGCUCGUCAUGCUGGUUCCUCCAUUCGUCGAUUACUUGACACUUCUUUUCUCUCUGCUUCGCGGGUCUAUUUCUAUGUAUCCCCUUAUGAACGGACCCGAUCAACUCUUCGAGAGAUUGGGCGAUCUUUUCCUAAGAACAGAAUUAUUGGGAUUAGAGAAGAGUGUAGGAUUAGAGAGCAAGAUUUUGGGAAUUUUCAAGUGCAUGAGAGAAUGUUGGCAAUCAAAGAAACAAGGGAGAAGUUUGGAAGGUUCUAUUAUCGAUUUCCUGAAGGAGAAUCUGCUGCUGAUGUUUAUGAUCGCAUUUCAAGUUUCAUGGAAUCUUUAUGGAGGGACAUAGACAUGAACCGCCUUCAUCAUGACCCUAACCACGAGCUAAACCUAGUAAUCAUAACACAUGGACUAUUAUCGCGUGUCUUUUUGAUGAAGUGGUUUAAGUGGACAGUCGAACAGUUCGAACGCCUUAACAAUCUAGGCAACUGUGAGUAUCGGGUAAUGGAAUUAGGCAAGGGGGGAGACUACAGCCUAGCUAUUAACCAUUCGGAAGAAGAGUUACUGGAAUGGGGUCUCUCUCCGGAAAUGGUAGCUGACCAGAAGUGGAGAGUCCAUGCUAAAAGGGGUGAAUGGAACGAAAAAUGUAGUUGGUACCUUGAUGGUUUCUUUGACGAGCUAGAAGAGUCUGAUCUUUGUGCAGAAGAGCAAUCUGAUGUCGCUGAGAAAGAUGGUCACUUAAGCAAACUCGAAAAGAAUCACGAUAUUUGCAUAGAAGAUGAACAUAAACCUAUUGAACCUUGAUGGUUGCAUAUUCUUCUCUUACUAGCUGCUUACCUGUGUAUACUAAUUAAAUAGGGUUAGAUUUUGGUCAUUGUGAUCUGUAUUCUUUGUUUAGAACUUGCUACAUUAUUACUGUAUCUACUUGUGUUCUUUUGGGUAAUGUAUUUUUAGUUGUUGGAUCGAGUCUUGACUCUUUUGUAUGGUUCUUGAGCUACAUUUGGCCAAUUGUUGGAAACGACAUUGUGAUAUCUUGAGCUAGGUUAGAAUCAAA